AGCUGCACCAUGGGACUUGUAGUUCACAGCACCAGAGCUUCCUGCUUCACUUGGAGCAGCCACCAGCACAACCCCGGACCGACGGCUUCUCUUCGGCGAGUAUAAUGUAAUUGAUCACUGCUCACCCAGGGACGCCCGAUUCCCAGCAGAGUGGGAGCAGGCAUCAUGAAUAAUCAAAAAGUCGUGGCUGCGCUGCUUCAGGAGUGCAAGCAAGCUCUGGAUGUGCUCUCACCCAAGAUUUCUGAUGCAUCGGAGGAAGACAAGAGAGAGUACCAGCAGUGCAAAGCUUCGCUCCCUGAUGAUCUAAGGACCCUUAUUGAAGAGGCAAAGGAAAUGAAGUGGCCCUUCGUGCCAGAGAAGUGGCAAUACAAACAAGCCAUAGGCCCAGAAGACAAAACAAACCUGCAAGAUAUGAUCAGUGCAAGGCUGCAUGAAUUACUGGUUUAUUUGAAAGCCUCCAUCAUGGUCAAGGACUGUGCAACAGCAGCUGCUAUUGUGUUCCUGAUUGACCGAUUCCUAUAUUGGGUGGAUGCCUCCAGCAAACUUCUUCGAAUUGCCAAAGGCCUGCACAAGUUGCAGCCAGCCACACCAAUAGCCCCUCAGGUGGUUAUUCGCCUGGCUCGCAUCUCUGUAAAUUCAGGAAAACUUUUAAAAGCUGAGUAUAUCCUAAGCAGCCUUAUAAAUGACAAUGGAGCAACAGGUGUGUGGCUGUAUGACAAGGAAAGUGAUAGGAUUCUUGUUCAGUCAGUCUGUAUACAGAUCAGAGGACAGAUUCUGCAAAAGCUUGGAAUGUGGUAUGAGGCAGCGGAGCUGAUUUGGGCUUCAAUUGUAGGCUAUUUCAAACUGCCUCAGCCGGAUAAAAAGGGAAUUGCUACAUCACUGGGUAUUUUGGCUGACAUCUUUGUUUCCAUGAGUGAGAAAGAUUAUAAUAGUUUUAAAAACAACUCUCAAGUUGACCUGAGCCUUCUCCAAGAGUUUGACCAUCGCUUACUGUCAGCUGCUGAAGCCUGCAAGCUGGCAGCAGCCUUCAGCCAGUACACCCCGCUUUUUGUGCUCACAGCGGUGAAUAUCCGUGGCACAUGCUUAUUGUCCUAUAGUUACUCCACAGAAUGUCCUCCAGAGAAAAGAGAGUUCUAUUUGUCUGAAGCUAAGGAAUCCUUUGAAAUUGGUCUUCUCACCAAGAAAGAAAAUGACCCUGUCACUAGCAGGCAGGAGCUUCAUAGUUUUAUUAAAGCAGCUUUCUGCCUUACAACAGUUCAUCGGCAACUCUACGGGGAGAGCAAGAAACUCUGUGAGGUGAGACAGCUAUGUAGUGAAGCCAUGGAGAAACUGUACUCUUACAGCACUUCACCUUUUACAGAGGAUCAAGACAAAGAAACACUUGCCAAAGAGAUCAUGUCUUUGAUCAUGUCUGUCAAGGGGCAUUUAGAAGUACAAAGCUUCCCUAAUUCAGAUGCCAGGUCUUAUGUUCCUGAUAGUUACAAAGGUGGAGUGGAAAAGCCUAUCUUGUGUGGUGAGGUGAAUUUUGAGAAAAUCCUUGAAAUGCAUUCGCAGCACCAUAGGUCAGUAAGUGAAGUGUUUGAAAGUACUUGCAGGAGCCAGGAAACCAGGCACAGAGAAGCCAAAAUGGGAGCUUGCAUCACUGCCUUAAAAACUGAAACUAAAAAUGUAGACACCAUGUGUACCACCGAAGAAAAAUUACACUGUGGCAAGUACAGUGCCAAAAUCUCUGAUUCACAAAACUCAAGAAGAAGCCGUGAGAGACUCAGUGGCCAAAGGAGAUGGAUUAGUUCUAAUGUAAUGAACGUCUCCCUUGAAGAAGAAAUGGAGAGAAAGACAUCAGACAAAGUUACCAAUGAUGAAGAUGGCAUUUUCAGCAGUUUGCAAAGCAGGAGUCAAACCACUAGUUCUUUGAAGUCUUGGAGCAAGUUGUCAAAAUCAAGUUCCUCUGCUAGCUGGGAGGAGCUAGACUGUAAUGCUAGCAAUAAGAUGCCCAGAGAUUGGCAACCAAGGGAAGAGGGCUCAGUGGAUGAGCAGUGUUGCACAGCCUCAACCGAAUCUACUGAGGAAAAUGUUCAAGCUGGCAGCCUGCACUCAUUGUCCUUCCAAACUCAUCAUCUCUCUCUUCAGGAGUCACAGAGUGGCUGUUCAGGUCCUUCUCGGCAUUCAUUAAAGAAUAAUAUGCUCUUUGCUAAUAGAUUAGUAGAUGCAUCCUCAGCUUCCAGGGAAGGGCUCUUGCAGGGGACAGAACCUGAAAGGGAUGCCUCAGAACAGAAUGCAGGGGAUGCCAAUAGUAUAGACUUCAGGAACAAUGCUAUUUCCUUCAUGGAGUUAAAGGAUGCCCAUUGUUCUGGUCCCAACAGACCCAGGAGAGAGAAGAUUUCCUCUUCCCUGGCAGAAUUAGAAUCCUUUGAAAUGAUUGAGUCCAGAACUAAGGACAGCAAUAGAGACUUCAAUGUUAUUCACAGUCCUCCUCAGCACAGUAUAGUGGAAGGAAAUGCUGAAAUAAUAGAUGCUGAAAGGUAUAAAAAAGUCACAGAGCCAUUAUCUAGAAAUAAUUAUGUGUGGAUUGACCCAGAAGGAGAUACUGUAGACAAUACAGAGGAUCUGUCAGUUGAGCCUCAUGUACCUAUAGGUAAGGUAGCAACUACUACAUCUGUAAGCAACAAGCCAAAAAUAGCAAGUGAUUCCUUUGUAUUUAACUGGAUUAGUAAAUCUUCUGCUGAAAUGGCUGGAAAUGAGUCUUUUGAAAUGCCUGAAGUCGACACCCAGGCAGAUACAGAAGAUGAAUGGGAGUUUGCUUUCAGCAAUAGCAGGAGCUCAGUAAACAACUCUCCUGCCAUGAAUGCUCCAAGGCCUCAACUUAGCCACAGGGUUGAGAUCAGAGUUUCACCAUCAGGGAGGAAGAAGCCAGAAGCUGACGACUUCAAUGACUGUGCUACCACAGAGGAAGAUGAAGCGGAAAAGUACAGGAACAUUCCGAACAGCACCCACAACUCAAGCUCCUCUCUGAAAUCAUGGUACAAAUCAGCUCAGUUGUCCAGCAGUUUCUCUGAACUAAAGAGUCCAUCUUUUCUGAACUCCAGUGGGAGCUCUCUUGUCUUUGUGCCUGGGAGAACCAAAGAACAAAUCCUAAAAGCUCGCUUUCUAGAGGAUGCUGAUUAUGAGAAGCUCUUGUCAGGUGUUAAGCAUAGCUGGCUAGUGCAGAGACUGGAGACUACUGGAAUAUUUAAGGCUAGACAACUCCACAAAGCGUACUGUAAGUAACAUCUCCUCUGUGUGUGUAUGUUCUGUGCCAUCGUGGUCCCAAACAUAGCUAUACGGAGGUAAGAGCUAACCUUUGAAGGAUUUUGUACUACAUGCAGGCCAGCACUCUUACUAUGAUGAUGAACAAGGUAUAAACCCCUCAAAGAUAGAUAGAAGCAGCAGAUAGAAAUCUAGGGUCUGAUCUUGCAAUUCUUAUUCAUAUGUGUUUGUGCAUUGGCCAUAUAAUUCAGAGGUUAGAGCAUUGCCCUUGUAAACUGAGGGUCACAUGUUUGAUUCUCAUUUUGUCUUAUGCCAAUAAUUUAGAGGAGAGUAGGGACUGGUCCUUUCUGAUCUUAAACAUCUAUGAAACUAUGUAUGAGUAAAGGCUGCAGAAUCAGGUCUGUACUACUUACUAGGACCAUACAGAUCUCAAGGGUCUGGAUAUUUUUAGGCCCUCUUCAUUUUUCAAAAUAUUUAGAUUUAAAUGAAAAAAGAACCAAGCCAGGGCGGAACAACAUUGUGGCUUAGUUUGCUAUUUUGCUUAAUAUCACAUCCAGUUUUUUCCUUUCAUCCGUUAACCAAACGAAGUCAGACUGCACCUGCUGCCAAAAUCUCUCAAUUAUUUUUAAAUUGUCUUAAGGUCCUUGUGAGUUUUAUAUUUUGUUAAUUUCAAUAAAACUCUGUUCUCAAUCUGUGAGUCUAGACGCUCUGUCUGCUACCUCACAAAGUUAAUAAACAAGCACAACUGACGCGGAUGUGGCUCUAAUCUGAAGAGGGUAGGUUUUGAUGAAACAUUUUGAUUGACCUGAUCUGAAAAAAAAAAAAAUUCAGAAGUUCAGUUUGUGAAAGUUGUUUAUUUCAAUUUGUGACGGGAAAAUUAUUUGAAAUCUUGAAAAUUCUUAAAGAAUCAUUUCCUGCCCAGCCCUAAGUGCCAUGGUCUAUCUAGUACAGUAUUCACUCUCUGACAGUGCCGGCCCCAGCUGCUUCAGAGGAAGGUGUAAGAACCCUGCAGUGGGCAAAUGUGGGAUAAUCUGCCUCCACAUGAAGGUCUCCUCCUAAGCCUAGCAGUAGAUCGGUUUUAACCCUGAAGGUUUUAUAUCCCUUCCAAAUUUGUGUUAGCAUUAACUCGUCUAAGUCUAGAUAGUCUUAUCAGUAUAAAUGUCCAGUGCCACACAAUUUAGUGGUAUUCAAGUUUAUAUAUGUGCUAGAGGCUUGUGACUGGCUCAUAGCAGGGGCAUUACAGAGCAGGAGUAAAAUGCAUUUGAUUCUUCCUAUAGAUAUUUUGUGUUCUCUACUCGCUGUUAGUUUUUCUGCAGGAUGCCCUUAUCAUUUAAACUUUUAUUAGUGUACAAGACAGGUGCAGGAAAGCUCUGCUACCCCAAAGUAGCCCUACAGUGUUUCCUGCCAAAGCAAUGCAUUUUACCUAGCUAUCUGAUACAUUUCCACUUACAGAUGAGCUUCUUCAAAAGAUGCUGUUUCAAUACUGCACUGUAAUAGUUGAGUGUGACAAGAUAGCAGAGCUUUGAAACUUUGUCUGGGCAUGGACAUCAAUCCCAACAGAAAAAACUGGUAGCUCUUAGGUUUCAUCUUUGGUUACUGGUAUGGAACAACCUUGCUAAAGAAGCUGUCGGUUUCAUUUGUGGGGGUUU